AAACAUCACGAGUGGCCGCUGCAGCUGUGUGUGGUACAAAGACAGCACAUGGUAGCGUUUAGAAGCAGCUUGUAGCGACGGACACCACCGGGCUAUAGCUUGUUCGAGUUCUCCGUUUGCAGAUUACAAUCGCAUUAAGUUCACUCCGUCCACGCGCUCGCUGCACAGACGCGCUACGACUCUCAAGUCGUUUGUCUUUGUGCAGGCCUGUGAGCGAGCCUUAAAUAGCGAGUUCGAGGACUUUAAACAAAAAAAAAACCCACUUAGUUCCACUCCCGCCUGCAGAAGCUGAGCAUGUCGACUGGCACUAAUGAAGCUAAAAGCUGCCCCAUCCCCACCAGGGUGCUCACCCUGAAAGACUGGUCCCAGCUGCCCGACUGUUACAGCCAGACACCCGGGGGGACCCUCUUCUCCACCACGCCCGGAGGUACCCGAAUCAUUUAUGAUAGGAAGUUUCUGUUGGAUUGUCGAAACUCCCCAUUGGCCCGGACCCCUCCUUGCUGCCUGCCGCAGAUCCCUGGAGUGACGGUUCCUGCUACACACCCUAUGGGGAAACUGCAGGAUCUGAAGGAGGAGGCUGAAGAAGAGGAGAAGGAUGUACCAGAUGACAACCAGUUUGAGAUGGACAUCUGAGCUCCAGUAUUACCUCCUGUGGAGAAUUAUCAUUUAAAAACCUCCAAGGUCAUUCAUGACUGUAAUGCAUAUUACCUAUGAAGCUUUUUUUUUUUUCCUCUUUUGUAAAUAAAAGCUUUUGUGAGGAGCCAAAAAAUUAAUGGAAAAGUUAUAAAACUAGGGUGUUUUUGAUCCUAAAAGUGUUAAGCAGAAGAAAUGGUGUUUAAAGGGCAGUGGCUUACACACUGCAGCAGGAUUGAGAAUAAUCGAUUUUGAUUUCGCUUUUUUAAAAUCUUUUGUAAAUAACAUUGUACAAUGUAGCCUAUUUUUUAAGUUGGGGAAUACGGGAUGAAUACAUUACGAAUGUAGAGUUUUUCAAUGCAGGCAUCAGUUUUUCGUUUGUAUAUCCCCCCCCCCCUCCCCCCCCAGAAAACAGGGCGUCAGGGCCUUCUGGAAAUCAGCCUCUUCUGUUUUGUAUGGAGGGAGACCUGAAAUGUGAAUCAUUUCAAAUAAAGGCUAUUCAGACUGCCA